CCAACUCCCAAGAUCUCAUCUCUUCCCCUUCCGUCCUGCGCCCUGCCCCUGCGGCCUCCCUCUCCUACCCGGCAGGCAGCCAGGCACCCAUCCCUUCCACGAGCUAUUAGUACCCGCCACGCCAUCGUCCCCGCUUCGCCGCCUGCCUCUCCGGACUCCCACUCUCCAAGCCACCUACCUUCCUACACCCAAGUAGGAGUACCUACCUGCGCAGAGCCCACGACGGCUCGGACUCCGCCGUGUCGACACCGCUCCUGUCGGAGCAUCGAGGCUACAUUACCAAGUAGUAGGAAACCAUGGGCCCUGCGCCGAGGGAGCCCAUGAAGCAGCGCGUGAACCGCUGCCUGCUGCGCCUCUCGGACCGGGACACGGAGGCGAUGGCCGCGGCGGAGCUGGACGCGAUCGCGCGCGAGCUGGACGCCGACGAGCUGCCGGUGUUCGUGGCCGCGGUCUCCGACGCGCGGCCCACCGACAGGACGCCGCUGCGGCGGCACUCGCUCCGGCUGCUGGCGCUCGUCGCCGGGGAGCACCCGCGGGACGCCGUCGCGCCGCUCGUGCCCAGGCUCCUGGCCGCCGCGCUGCGCCGCGUCCGGGACCCGGACUCCUCCGUGCGCGCCGCGCUCGUCGACGCGGCCCGCGCCGCGGCGGGCGCCGCGGCGUCGCCUCCCGCGGCGCUGGCCCCGCUCGCCGACGCCGUGCUCCACGAGCAGGACCAGUGCGCGCAGCUGGCCGCCGCGCUCGCCGCCGCCGCCGCCGUCGAGGCCUCGGAGCCCACCGACGACCUCGCCGCGUACCUCCGGGGGCUCCUCCCGCGCCUCUACAAGCUCCUCCGCAGCGCGGCGUUCAAGGCCAAGCCCGCGCUCAUCUCCCUCAUCGGCGCUGCCUCGGCAGCCUCCGGCGGUGGAGCCGCCUCCGCCGCCGUGCCUUGCCUCCGCGACGCGCUCACUGCCGACGAUUGGGCCGCCAGGAAGGCUGCCGCCGAGGCGCUCGCUUUGUUGGCCCUCGAGCACGGAGACGACCUCGUCUCACACAAAUCUUCCUGCAUUACCGUCUUCGAAGCCAAGAGAUUUGAUAAGGUGAAAAUAGUGCGCGAGUCCAUGAACCGGUUGAUCGAAGCAUGGAAGGAGAUCCCGGAUUUGGAUGAGGAGGUCUGCUCCUUACCAUCGUCCCAGUCUAGAUCUUCUCUCACAGAUACUGCAAGUGAUGGCCGAUACCCAGCUGAUUCCUCGGGCUCCACCUCUAGCCCUUCAAUUACAAGGAGGAACUCAUGGCCGACUAACAGGCAGCCCCAACCGGAUGGAUCGAACAAUGCCAUCAACAGAAAAGGCAGCCCUCCUUCCAUCGUGGCUAAGAAAAAUCUGCCUCCUUCACGCCGCAGCACAGACCAGUUCAAGAAAUCUGAGGACAGGGUUGUUGUUACUACGGCUCCAGACGCAACGCCAAUUAAAAUGGUGGCUGAGGAAAAGCUUCUGAAAGAAGGCAAUGUUAGGGAGAGGCUUGAAGCGCGGCGGGUGCUGUUUCAGAAGACUGGUGACAAAGGUUACAAGAAGGUGGCUGGUCCCAAGUCAGGAUCCAGAGUUGUUCCAUACAGCGGGGAAGGGGAUGGUGACUCGGAAGAGACGGCUGAGACUGAGGACGCGCCCGAAGAAUUUCAGUCAGCUCACAAAGAUGAGGACUUGUCGAAGAUCAGGAUGCAGCUCGUUCAGAUUGAGAAUCAGCAAGCCAGUUUGCUUAAUCUUCUCCAGAAAUUCAUGGGGAGCUCCCAGAAUGGGAUACGUUCCUUGGAGACAAGGGUGAACGGGCUGGAGAUGGUGUUGGACGAGAUAUCCCGUGAUUUGGCUGCUUCCUCGGGAAGGAUUCCGAACAGCGAGCCUGACACAAACGCUUGCUGCAUUCUGAGCCCAAAGUUCUGGAGAAGGCAUGACGGAGGUAGGUACACUUCCAGGUACCCUAUAUCGGACGCAGCAAACUACUCCGAGGAGAGCAGAAGUCCUUACAAGUGGGACAGACAGCAGAAAUUUGGAGUCCAUGGUGGUUUUGUCACCAAUCCCUUAGCAGAGCCGAAUGAUUCAUCUGUAAGGAGCAUAGCUGGUUCCCAGCAAGGGAGGAGAAGAGACUCGGCUCAAUACAGAUCAAGGUAAGGUUGAGUUAGGUGUGACAGGAAGUGGUCCAUGUGAAGUGAGAACAACGAGCUUCAGCAAUAAGGCCGGGUGUUUGAAGACGAUCCCACUGUUGGUGUAUUUUCGAAAUUUUCUUUUCUCCAAGCUUAGAGCUGAGAUCGUAUGUCCUAUACUCCUAUGGGGCUUUUAUUCAUGAAUUGUCAAGGGUUCAGACAGCCUAAACUCUAAAGCAAGACGCCAAGACCCUCGCCGCUGGCUCGGUAACCAUACGAUGGUUUAGCAGUGAGAAAAAUUGAGAAUCGACACUCAUUGUCCAGUCAUGGAUGUACCUUGUACUGCUUGUAAAUAGUUUCUAUACAGUGAUUCAUGUGCUCGCAAGUCGCAAGGUGUUGUCCCACGAAAAUUCGUUGGGUGUGCUGAGAUCAUUCAAGUAGGGAAAAGGUUCAGAGCGCGACAAAUGUGUAGGGUAACGGCAUGUGGCUAUGCUUCAAUAAUCUCUUUUAGAGUUGGUUUGGUGACAAAAGAAUUAAAAGGGAUCCAUUGGAAAGA